UCUUCGUUCGAGAGGGUUGAAACUCGACGAAUAACGUAAAAGGCGGGAGCAGCCGGCGACUCCACACACUUUUGAGGUUAUGCCCAGGCUCUGCGAUCCUUCGAGUUGUCCCCUGCGUUAAUUACUCUCCGAUAAUACACAGAGCCUGUAUAGAUCGAUGGAUUGCGAAAUGUACGCUCAAUAACCCAGUAUUGAUCGAGUGAUUGCUCAAGACGACACACACAGAGCAGUUGUUCCGACAAAAGAUGUUUAUCUUGUCCCUUUAUCGUCGGGCUUAGCAACCAUGAUUUCUCGCGAUCAAUUCGAAUGUUAAGCACGUCGAUCCCCACCACACUUUCUUUCUCACGUACGCGCUCCUUUGCGGCGUUAUUUCCAGUUCGCAGGGAGGCAUAAAAUCAUAUUGUGGACAGUGAAGGAAGCUUAGUCAGUCGGUCGCCUUGGCGAUAGUUCAGGUCUCAUGUUCCUCAUAUUAAUAACAAUUUUUGCCCUUCAGGGUUUUAUUGUCACCGCUGAAGAAUUCGAUUCGCCAUGGCAUUACAAAUGCGUGGGGGGUUUGUGCAAGAAAGAAAUGAUCACACCGGACGUCAAGACGCCACAGUCGUUGGGAGUCUGUCAAUUGUUUUGUGGAGAAGCGGGUGCGUUAUGGCCGAAACCAACGGGGCAUUUGUCCUUGGGAAAUUACGUGGCUCAUUUGGAUCCUUCGAAGAUGAGUUUAAGGGGCGUAAUAACGAGGACGAGCGUCGGUGGACUUUUGCUAAGGAACGUUGAUCGUAUGAAAAAAAAUGCGAAUAAAAUGGCCGAUGGUAAAUUUCGGGCCGGUGGCAUGGGCAUGGAGAUUUAUGUCAGUGGUAUAAAGAAUCUUAACGAUGCUCGGAUCACCUUGGAUACCAAUGAGAAUUACUCGUUGAAAAUUUAUCAACAGGAUGGAGCUGUGAUAAAUGCGACGAUCGUCGCAUCGACGUAUUUCGGAGCUCGCCACGGUCUCGAGACCCUCAGUCAGUUGAUAGUUUACAACGAGCUUCGGAAAGAGAUUCAAGUUGUGAGGGACGCUUACAUCGUUGAUGCUCCAGUUUAUCCGUAUCGUGGAAUCCUUCUCGACACGUCACGAAACUUCAUUGACAAAGCUUCGAUUCUAAGGACGAUAGAAGCUAUGGGAAUGUCGAAAAUGAACACGUUCCAUUGGCACAUUACCGAUUCGCACAGUUUCCCGUACGUGAGUAAGACUUGGCCAAAAUUGUCGCUGUACGGAGCUUACACGCCUGACAAAAUUUACACCGAAGACGAUGUCAAAGAAAUCAUAGACUUUGGUCUCCUUCACGGGGUUCGUGUACUCCCAGAAUUCGAUGCACCAGCCCACGUCGGCGAAGGUUGGCAAUGGGUCGGCGAUAACGCAACGGUUUGCUUCGGUGCUGAACCCUGGCAAAACUAUUGCGUUGAGCCACCCUGCGGUCAGUUGAAUCCCACCAGUGACACAGUUUACGAAGUUCUCGAAGGCAUCUACAGGGACAUGGUGAACGAUUUCAAGCCCGACAUCUUCCACAUGGGUGGCGACGAAGUCAACAUUAAUUGCUGGAGAUCGGCCCAAGUUAUCACCGACUGGAUGAGCAGACAAGGCUGGAACCUCACUCAGGCAAAUUACUACGAACUUUGGAAUCAUUUCCAAGAUCGCGCUUACGAUAAACUCAAAAUAGCCAACGGUGGCAAAGACCUCCCAGUCGUUUUGUGGACCAGCGGACUCACCGACGAAGAAGCCAUUCAUCAUCUUGAUCCUGCUAAAUACAUCAUUCAAAUUUGGACCACCGGAACUGACAAGACCAUCGGGAGACUCGUGAAAAAUAAUUUCAGAAUGAUUUUCUCAAAUUAUGAUGCUUUGUACUUCGAUUGCGGAUUUGGUGCCUGGGUCGGCGCAGGAAACAAUUGGUGUUCUCCGUACAAAGGCUGGCAGACAGUUUACGAUAAUUCGCCCUUAGACAUCAUCAAAAAGCAAGGAUUCAGCGAAGCCAAAAAACACCUGAUACUCGGUGGCGAGGCAACUCUUUGGUCAGAGCAGGUUGACAGUACUUCGGUAGACUCGAGGCUGUGGCCACGAUCAGCUGCUCUAGCUGAAAGGCUGUGGGCUGAGCCUCAAUCGACCUGGAUUCACGCCGAACAAAGAAUACUUCGGCAUCGUGAGAGAUUAGUUCAACGAGGUAUUCUUGCUGACAGCCUCGAGCCUGAGUGGUGUCUACAGAAUCAAGGCUCAUGCUAUUUGUAACGAAGCAUAGUUGUAUUCUCAAACGACCAUUUUCAUCUCAGGGAAUUUUAGAAGUUAUUGCAAUUAUGAUUUUUCCAUCCUUUCGUACGUACGCUUUGUAAUGUUUACAAUAAAGUUUUGCACUGUGUAUAAGUGCAUCAAUUGUUUUUAACUUA